AUGUCACCAUCCCAGGCACAGUUAUUCGCAAUAUCGCUCACAGAGCGUAUCUGCUCUGCAGUCUCGCUGGUUGGCACCUUCGUAAUUGUCAGUACCUUCAUAAGCUUCCGUUCAUUUCGCAAGCCUAUUAAUCGUCUCGUCUUCUAUGCCUCCUGGGGAAACAUCAUGGCGAAUAUCGCGACUUUAAUAUCUCAGUCAGGUAUACAGGCUGGCUUUGGGAGUUCUUUAUGUCAAUUUCAGGCUUUUUUGAUUCAGUGGUUCAUGCCGGCAGACGCACUAUGGACUUUCGCUAUGGCCUGCAAUGUCUACUUGACAUUUUUUCACAAGUAUAAUUCGGAGCAACUACGCCAGCUGGAAUGGAAGUAUGUGCUAUGCUGCUACGGUCUACCGUUUAUACCAGCUUUUGCAUACUUUUUUAUUAAGACACAAUCACGAGGUCGUGUUUAUGGUUCUGCUAUUCUAUGGUGCUGGGUCGCCGUCCCAUGGGACUUCCUCCGCAUCGCCGUCUUCUACGGUCCCGUGUGGUUCGUCAUCUCCCUCACAUUCGCAAUCUACUUGCGCGCCGGAUCCGUGAUUUACCAAAAACGGCGCCAACUACGAGGGGUUGGGGGCAUCGAUUCCAUUGAUAGCGAUAUUCACCCAGUCAUGAAGCUGGCCGGCAUCCAGGUCACCAGCGAGAUCGCCUGCUCUUCGCCAGAACGCCAUUCUACAUCAAGCACCGAGAUACAGCCCGCACGAAGCUUCAAUGCGUCUUCAUUCUGUCCAUACUCUGUGACCAUUGAAGGUGGGCCCUUGGAUCCCAUCAGAGGGCUUCAACACGCCGGUGCGAUACCGCCUCAUGGGCCAGCAUUCAGUUCUCGUCCGAGUUCAAGUCCUCUUCGAACGGAAAUAUUGCCGAUGAAUGCUCGCUCUGGGGUGCUAGAUUCAUUUGCUUCUCAAAGGCGGGCAGUGGCUACAGAGGCCAACUCGGCUGCGUGUGCAUAUACGAAGUACGCCAUGUUGUUUUUUAUCGCGCUUCUUGUAACAUGGGUUCCUUCCACUGUAAACAGGGUAUACGCUUUCGCUCGCCCAAAUGCCUUUUCUUUUGGACUCAACUAUGCCUCCAGCUUCGUUCUUCCUCUACAAGGCUUUUGGAAUAGUCUGAUUUACAUAAAUAUUUCGUGGCCGGCAUUCAAAGCCCUCUGCGAAAAUAUGCGGCCCCAGGGCACUAUGACACCGAGAAGUGUCUACCUUCCGAAAUGA